AUGCGCCCCUCCCACGUCGCCGUCGUCGCGCAAGUCCGCGGGGCGCCCCGCCCCAUCCCGCGCCCGCCACCCCCGCCGCCGCCGCCUCCGCCCGUCACGCCGCCCAUCCUGUGCGACGUGUGCUGCGAGCACGUCCCGCCGGCCCUGCUGCGCGGCUGCGCCGCCUGCACGCACCGCUACUGCGCCCCCUGCGUCGACAAGUACUGGACCAGCGCCAUCUACUCGGGCAACCACGCCCGUCUGCUCUGCAUGUACGGCGGCUGCGGCGUCUUCGCCACAGACGCAGACAUCGUCGCCGUCGUCAAGGAGCGCACCUUCCGCAAGAUGCUCUACUUCCGCUCGCGCGACCGCUACAGCCCGUACCCCGAUGCCCGCUGGUGCGCCACGGACAUGUGCUGGGAGUUUCUGGGCAUUGUCGCCUCCGCCGCGCCCGACCGCUCCGUCGUGCAGUGUACCCGCUGCCGCGCCCAUAACUGCGUCAAGUGCGACAAGCUUGUCCCUUCGUUGGACCCUAACGUGCCAUCCGCCACCCAUGUCUGCGCCACCCGCAAGCCCAACAAGGCCCACGCCGCCCUGUUUUCCCUCUGGGCCACAGUCCACACCAAGGCCUGUCCCGCCUGCGCCGCCCGCAUCCAGAGAAACCAUGGCUGCUCGCACAUGACCUGUACCCGCUGCUCCUCGUACUUUUGCUGGCGCUGCAAGGGCUUUCUCAACAACGGCUGCCCCCUGCCCGGCCGUGCAUGCGUCUGCGACCGCGUCAUGACCGCUGCCGCCUACUCGGGGUUGGCGGUUGCAGGCGUCCUGGGUUCCCCCAUCAUCAUAGCCGCCGCCUUGGUGGGUGGCGGCCCGUACGUUGCCUACAGAGUGUUUAAAGCCCGUAGGGAGAAACUAAGAAAUCGACGCCCGCCAGAAGACGGAGGCGGAAUCCACGGAAGGGGGAGAAUCCCCAGGGGACCGGGCCGAGUCCUGCAACCUAAUGAGAUGGUCACACAGGAGGACGACGAGUUUGACAGCGGGUCGGAGACGAGGCUCACCGCGUUCUCGGAGGUCAUGGUGGCGGAGGCGAGGGGGAUGGUUCGACCACCGCGGAGGGUGAGAGUGGGCGGGGGUAGCGCCGUGCUAGAGGGCGUCCAGGUGAUGGUUAUCGAAGAAAAGGAGGGCGAGGAGACGGAUGCGGAUGACCCAUUUAUUGGCGAGGAUGGCAGCGAGAGUACUAGUGAGGAUGGGGACGACAGAGCGAGUUGCAAACCGGACAGACCGUUUGUGCUGGAGAGACGAAGGGGCAGCGUGGGGGGCAGUCGGGUGGCGAGGAGGGUUGUGUUGUAA